GGCAACUAAAUGCUUUUUAUUUUACUCCAAAGGCUAAUUUUGACGAACAUAAAAGAAUAAUAAGCUACUGCUAGUGGUUUUACGAUAUGUUUUAGACCUCAAGGGCUUAUUUUGUUUUCAACCCAAACCAACUGGAACAUUGGAAAGUGUUUGUAGAAAUGCCUAAGUCAGAAUUGUUAAGGAGUAGUUUGAAAUCCGAUCCAAGCAACAUACAGUAGGAAUAAUGAUGGCAGGACUUCGUCUACGAACAAAGGACAAUCUGCAGAAAUAUAAAUAAAAUCAAGCAUACGGAUGAUCAGAACCAGCUUAAACACCUGGCAAACGCUAAUUUGCUCAACUUGAACUCAAUGUCGUCUCUCCAUCGAUCGAGUGCUAUACUAGCUGUUGCAGAGGUACUGAACAGGCUACGAAGAAACUUCAGGUUCUUCAGCAAUAGGUUCAUCUAGUAGUUCAGCAUUCUCCUCAGCUUGGACCUGCUACUUUUCUAUUGCAAUGCCUCUAUGUUAUUCCUGUUCUUGAACCUUUAUACACUGAAUGCUUCAGUCACUUAAUCACAUGGUCUGGAGGUGUAUGAUGGUAAUUUGGACAAAGCAAAGGCAUAGAUGGAACCAUAUAUUUCCAAUCGUUUAUACUAGUUGUUACUCUUCUGGAGCGUUUUUCAAUUGGUCAGUCUAAAGAGGAGUUUCUUAUGAGGAUGAUCGAAGAAAAGCAGUUCAAAGCGGCAGAACAGUGGGCAACAUUUGUGGGGAAGGCCUUGGUUAUUACACUGAUAAAUAGAUAUCUCGACUUGAAAUUGUUGAAGAAUGCUUCUGAUCUUAUAGAGAAGAACAACAUCAAGCAGGACUCCCUGGAAGUGCAUCAUAUGUACAAAAAGAGUGAAGUGGAGAGCUUUGCAGAAAAAGGAUUGUGGGAAUAUGCUGAGUUCAGGACUAAUGAGAAUAAACAAUUACUUGAGCACCUGGUGUAUUUGGCAAGGGAAGCAGGCUAUCCUGAGAAGGCUGAUGAAUUAUGCAAGCAAUACACCCUUGAUGGUGUUGGUGUUGCCAAAUCUCAAGGAGAUAUUGAACAAGUUGAUAAUCCCGCGGGUCUUGAAAGAGCUAGAUUAUGUAUUGAAGAAUGUAACGUCAUAGGUGUUGACUGUGAAUGGAAGCCAAAAUAUGUAAAAGGAAGCAAACACGUCAAGGUCUCCAUCAUGCAGAUUUCUUCAGAAAAAGCAGUUUUCAUCUUAGACCUGAUAAACUUAUCCGAAGAUGAACCUAAAAGCUUAGACAAGUGUCUACAAUGCAUUUUGCAUUCUUCUAGCAUUCUGAAGCUCGGUGAGUGA